AUGAAAGAGGACUGGGCCCUGCUGCAGCUUCGCUAUGAGCUCUUCCUGCUGCAGGAUUCCUUCAAGAAGGACGUCAACGAUCCAGAUCGUGUUGCUAUUCCUGAAGCCCACGUCGCCUUCUACUACAGCAAGUACUUCAAAAAGCAGAUGAACACGAAGCAGUUUGGAGUCUCCGAGAUGUCGGACAUCGUCAAGCUGGUGAAGGAUACCGUGGCCAUCAGCGAGGACACGAAGAUGUUCUCCACGAUCUUGGAAGACGAACUCGAGUCCAUGGACAUGCUGGUGAAGCUUACCGAGGAGAGCCGUAAGGAGCGCCAGAGGAGAAUCGAUGCAGGCGAUGAGACCGCCAGGCUGAAGUUCGUCCUGCACAAUCCCGCGCCAGCUCCAGUGGCUCCUGCACCGGCACCGGCGCCAGCGGCCCUGCCGGCCAUCCCUGGACCCAAGGGCAAGGGCAAGGGCAAGAAGGGAAA